AUGUCCUCGAGGCGGAUCGCUCCUUAUCGAGCUCGUCGGCUUGAAGAGAUCCACUUGACUGAGUAUCUCGAUUUCUCAUCAGCCAUUCGGCUCGGUCAUGGCUGUUGCGACGAUGGAGUUGCCCACCAUCGCCCAUGCUCUCGGCGGCGGGGAGGCAGAAAUGAUUCGUUCCAGAGAAGGGAAGCGUCCGAGCUCAAAGGACCUCUCCCACCCUCACAACUUUCGUUUCGAUCGCUGAUCACUCUCGCUCCCGUCACUCCCUCAUCACGCAUACCUCACGCGAGCCGCGGCACAAGAGCCAGCGACACACAGACCGAUAAAUGUUUCGGAUUCAUUCACCGAUUCGAAAGCCCCGAAUCCACGAGGUUAUCCUUCCGACCCUUCAUCUCGGUUCCCAAUUUUGGCUCCGCUCCCACUCCAUCGUCCGGUAGCCAGAAGAAACAGGUCAAAGGAUUCGAGGAUCAAGGACCCCUACGCGCCUAUGCCUGCGUGCUCCGGGCUCGUCAACAAGACGCCCGAAAUCUACCACCUAUCGCCACUCGACGUUCGGACAGGAUGCGACCCACAACGCCACAACACGCCAAGAAACACUCACGGGGUGGCUCCAACUGA